GUUCGCUUUGAGCGUCGAGGGAGGGUUUGCUCGUCGUUGCAAUCAGUUGUAGUAGCUCCGUUGGUGCAGGUUUCGUCAUGGGCCGAUCGCGAGGAGUGCAUAGUACACAAGACGACGACACGGCCUGGUUUGGUCACAGUUUCGUUUCAGGUCUAAGCGGAGGCGUGUGGCGGUUGGAGGAGAUGUUCCUGAGCCUUCAGCAGCAGAGGGGCUUGUUUCUGGACUGCAGGUGCGGGAGAAGCAAAAAAAGCUCUCUAUCACUGCAAUUACUGCAUUAAAGACAUUUCAGGAACCAUUCGAAUUAAGUGCAAUAAGUGCCCUGAUUUCGAUCUUUGCGUAGAGUGCUUCUCUGUUGGUGUGGAAAUCACACCUCACAAAUCCAAUCAUUCCUAUCGAGUCAUUGAUAAUCUAUCGUUUCCCCUCAUCCACCCUGAAUGGAACGCCGAUGAAGAAAUUUUGCUUUUGGAGGGAGUUGAGAUGUACGGGCUUGGAAAUUGGGGGGAAGCUUCAGAGCACGUGGGAACAAAGACUAAGACUCAGUGUUUUGGUCAUUAUAUGACAACGUACAUGAAUUCCAUCUGUUCUCCGUUACCCGAUAUGUCCCACGUUAUAGGGAAAUCAAAGGCAGAUCUCUUAGCCAUGGCUCGCUCACAUCAAGAAGGCAAGAAAGAUGGUGGUGUGCUACGAUUAGUUAAACAGGAGCCUCCCAAUUCUCCGUCAAGAAUCAAGAUGGAAGACGGUUUCGAAGGUAGAUCCCCGUCCAGCAUGUCAACAGGGACUUUAGAUAUCAAGCCACUGCUUUCAACUCCUGGAAGUGAGGGAGAUGAUGGGGAUGGUAGAGCUGGUGGAAGUCAAGCUAUUGAUUCAAGCGGUCCUUCUGGUGGACCAGGUUCAAAGUGUCAAAAGACAGCAGGAGGUACACAAGGUGUGGUUCAUGUCAAAGAAUCACCAGAUAACACUGCAGCUGGUGCAGCAGCAGAAGAUGGAGCUCAAAGUAAUCGUACUCUUGGUGGCAAGAAGCCUAAACCUCUAGCUGAGGAUAAUAAGGGAGGCAUUACUAGUACGGAUCAGACGGGGUAUCAUGCUAAACGGCAAGAGUUUGAGCCAGAGUACGACAAUGAAGCCGAACAUCAACUGGCCGAUAUGGAGUUUAAGGAUAAUGACCAUGAAACUGAUCGGGAGUUGAAACUUCGGAUGUUACAUAUUUAUAUCUCACGACUUGACGAACGGAAACGUAGGAAGAACUUCAUACUAGAAAGAGGUCUCUUGAACAUCAAGCGACAGCAGGUCCUAGAUAGGAAGCGGAGUAAAGAAGAAAGAGAAUUAUACAAUCGCAGCCGAGUCUUCAUGCGCUACCAUUCAGCGGAAGAACAUGAAGCAUUGCUUAACGGUCUGAUUUCUGAGCGAAAACUUCGCCAACGCAUUGAGGAACUGCAGGUGUUGUACCACGCAUAUCUUUACGUUCUAUACACUAAGGAGUACAGAAUGGCUUUGGGUCAGACCUUAGCAGAGACGCAGAUACAUGGCUCUGAAAUGAAGAAAGAGACAGAGUUGAAUCUAAGAAAUGCUAGAGAAAGCACGUCUUACUUGUAUAAUGGCAAAUUUUCAACGCAUCGAGUUAAUCGGUACUUGAGUAGGGAGAAGGAAGGGGAAGCUGCAUUUCCUGGCAGUACGCGCGAGGUCCCGAAAGGACGAGUAGGUCCCCAUCUUCUGCCAAUUGGGAGCAGUCUCCUAGCAGGUUCUGGUGGAAAGAGCUCGAAAAGAACUUCAGCAUCUUUUGAACUUGGAGGCUUUCCUGGUGUGGACUUACUCUCUCACACUGAGCAAGAUCUAUGUGUACAGCACAGGCUCAUACCUGCUCAUUACUUAAGGAUGAAGGAACAUCUCAUGCUGGAGAGCUUGAAGUCGGGGCAAGUUCGAAGGUCCGAUGCACAUCAAAUGUUUAAAGUGGAUCCCGUGAAGACUGAUCGUGUUUAUGAACUGCUCCUUUCAAAAGGUUGGAUACAAGGAGAUGGACCUACUGCGUCAGCUUCGGAUAGGUGAAGUACUAUGCAAAUGUGGCCUCCUCAGGUGCACCCAAGGACAUCGUUUGAGAACAUUUGCACUACAGAAACGGGGUUUGCACGGUCCCUGGCCAGAAACAUAGAUAAUAAUCUGUAUAGGCAGAAAGGCAAAUUGGGAGCUCUCAGGUGGCUUCUCAGUUUCUGCUGCAAUUUGUCCACAAUCUUAAGUCGUGCUGCCCAGAGUGAAGUGUAGAGGUCUUUCAUGCACAUAGAAUGUAAUCUAUUGGUAUGAAGGGACUCUCAGAUCACAGAUUAUUUUCUCGCUUAGAUACAUUCAUUACACGUUGGAUAAUCAUGUUCUUGCUCCACCCCUCUCUAAGCCCAACUUUUUGACAAGUGUCUUUUUCAAUUGGUUAACUGAAGAGAUUGAUAAAGUGUUCCAAAAAGAACUUUGAUAAUGAUUGAGAACUUGAUAAGCAAUUACUUGCUAUUUUUUUUGAA